GCUCCCUCUAAUAAACGCGAUAAAAAUCGACCAAGGAUUCGGGAGGACUUCCGCCGUCGGGGAGGGGAAGAGAUGGGGGCGGCCGAAUCCGUGCCGGAGACCUCGCUACACGAAUUCACCGUCAAGGAUUGCAACGGGAAGGAGGUGUGCCUGGAGACGUACAAGGGGAAGGUCCUCCUCGUCGUCAACGUCGCCUCCAAAUGCGGGUUCACGGAGACCAAUUACACGCAGCUCACGGAGCUUUAUCAGAAGUACAGGGAGAAAGACUUUGAGAUCUUAGCAUUCCCCUGCAACCAAUUCUUGCGACAAGAGCCAGGCAGUGACCAGCAGAUAAAAGACUUUGCUUGCACAAGAUUCAAAGCUGAAUAUCCAGUUUUUCAGAAGGUGCGUGUGAAUGGCCCAGAUGCGGCACCGCUUUACAAGUUUUUGAAAGCUAGCAAACCUGGUUUGUUUGGUUCAAGAAUCAAGUGGAACUUUACCAAGUUUCUUGUUGAUAAGAACGGAAAAGUCAUAAACAGAUAUGCAACUGCGACUACUCCGUUUUCAUUUGAGAAAGACAUCCAGAAGGCGCUUGAGGGGGAACAUAUUCCUGCCCGCUCCGGCUCGCAGAAGGCACCUGAGGGGGAAAAUAUUCCCGCCCGCUCCGACUCGCAGAAGGCGCCUGAGGGGGAAAAUAUUCCCGCCCGCUCCGACUCGCAGAAGGCGCUUGAGGGGGAACAGAAGUAGGCUCUUGCAGAAGUAUAUCAUUGUAAUAUCUAGGCCUCUCCCUGGCAGUGAACUAAUGUAAUAUUUCCAUCGGUAUGAACUUUAUGCUUACAUAUUUGUGAUUUUUGUUUAUGUACAUGUAGGAAGCUACGUAGACACCAAUUUGUUUGUACCGAUAUCCCCUGACUUGUCCAUACCGGUAUCCUGUGGCUUGUCCUUUUCUUUUUCAUUCGUUGAGGAAGUUGAGACACUGAAUGACUAAUUAUAUACAGUUAAUGUGAGUUUUGUGUUUGUGCUCUA